AUGCCCGUCAGAAAACUCAACGUGCUGGUCUAUACAGGACCUGGUGCAUCAACCGAGUCCGUCCGUCACUGCACCUUUACCCUGCGGCAGCUCCUAACCCCCAACUACGCGGUCAUCCCCAUAACCGAGGCCAUCCUCCUCAAAGAACCGUGGGCGUCAACGUGUGCUCUCCUCGUGUUUCCAGGUGGCGCAGAUCUGGGCUACUGCAAGGCGCUCAACGGUGAGGGCAACAGGCGCAUCUCGGAGUACCUACGUCGCGGCGGGUCGUACCUGGGCUUCUGCGCGGGAGGCUAUUAUGGCAGUGGCCGUUGCGAGUUUGAAUUCGGCGAUCCUCUCCUCGAGGUGAUAGGCAGACGCGAGCUGGCAUUCUUCCCAGGCACCUGUCGGGGUGCGGCAUUCAAGGGGUUUGACUACAAGAGCGAAAAGGGCGCGAAGGCCAUCAAGCUGAGGGUAGCAAAGGACCUGUUCGCCGAUGACGUGCCUCAGAGAAUCACAUCGUACUUCAAUGGAGGUGGUGUUUUCGCUGACGCAAAGAGCUUCGGUCCCAGCAAGGUACAGGUCCUUGCCGAGUACGAAGAUGAGCUGGAUGUGGAUGGAGGCGAUGGCAAGGCAGCAGUCGUACUCUGCAACGUUGGUCAGGGCAAAGCCGCGCUCAUAGGGCCACAUCCAGAGUUUGCAGCUAUCAAUCUCGACCCCAAAACGGACCUCCCGGGAUACAAAGAUCUCAUAGCCAGACUUGCAGAGGACGACCGCGCACGAAUCGCCUUUGUCAAAGCUUGUCUGGAAAAGCUCGGUCUCCAGCCAAACGAUGCCGCCGUUACAGUUCCAGAGCUGUCGGAUCUCCAUCUGACCUCAGCGAACAACGCUGACGUGGUGGAGCUGCUCUACGCAUGGAACCCGAUCCUGGAGAAGGAAGAUGGAGCCGAGUUUAUCAAAGGAGAAGCUGACGUCUUUCGUAUUGAAACUGUCCAGGAGGCGCUCAACAUGUCUGAGAUCAAAGACUCGCUUCCUCACGACGAUCAUCCCCAAGACAAGACCGAGUCAUCCCUUGUGAAGAAGAUUAUUGUCCACGAAUCGGGACUGCCCUCGUCCAAGGAAACACCGAGGUGGAAUUUCAAGCGCUUCUACGUUAAUCUGCGACGCUACCAGUUGAUGGAGAAGGACGCAAACACCUGGGGGACCACUCUCAUGUACGGCGAGGUGGUCACCAGCACAGUCACACUCUUGGAACAAAACCCAAAGCUUCUCUCCAAACUACCGCAUGGCUUCACGUUGGCGGCGACAACCCAGACUGCUGGUCGUGGUCGCGGCGCCAAUGUCUGGAUUGCGCCUCCUGGGAUGCUCAUCUUCUCAACCAUUAUCAACCACCCGGCGCACCUGGCUGCGAGCCGCCCCAUCAUCUUCAUCCAGUACAUCACCGCCAUAGCCAUCGUCGAGGCCAUCCAAUCGUACGACCAGGGCUAUGAGAAGCUUCCAGUGAAGAUCAAGUGGCCGAAUGAUAUAUGCGACUCCGGAGAGUAUGUCAAGAUUGGUGGCUUCCUGACCCAAUGCUCCUACUUUGAUGGCGCGUAUCAGGUCAUCCUGGGUAUCGGCAUCAACACGAUCAACUCCCGCCCCACAACAUCCAUCAAAGAUCUCCUACCCGAAGGCGCGCCCCCUGUUCAUGUCGAGACCUUGCUGGCCCGCGUCCUCACGCGGCUGGAAGCGCUGCAUGCGCAAUGGAUUCGCGAAGGGUUCACGGCGGAGAUGGAGACAAGGUACUACCGCAGCUGGCUGCACACAGGGCAACUCGUCACCUUGGAGCAAUACGGCGGUGCCAACGCGCGCGUGCUCGGCAUCACCCGCGACUGGGGCCUGCUGCGCGUCGAGGAGAUCGACGGGCGAGGUCGGGGGACGGGCAAGAUGUGGGCGCUGCAAAGCGACGAGAACAGUUUCGAUUAUUGGAGGGGUCUCAUGAGACGCAAGUUAUAG